UCCGGUCACCAAGAUGAUACUGUAUGAAAUAAAAGUUACAAAUCUUGCUGGGCUUAAUCUAUACUAUAUCGGGACGAACACUGUUCCAGUAUUUGUAUGUACUUUGCCUUGCAAGAUAAUGAAAAUCAAUCCAUAAAUGGCAGGAUAUAUUUGAUGGUAAGUUACUUUUCUACCAUAUAGCAAUUCAUACAGUACAUUGUGAUAUUUUCAACAUUUUGGUUAUACAGCUUGCAGCAAAAUGGCAGUUCGGGAGUAUCGUGAGCGAAUUGACAUUGCACAGUUGACCAAUGAUGAUCUGUACAAGAGAUAUCGUGUGAACCAUGCCACAUUGGCAUAUAUAAUUGCCCAGCUGGAUGCUGCCUUAGCCCCCAAUACUGACAGGAGCCACAGCCUUUCUACUGGCUACAAGGUCUUGAUCACACUGAGGUACCUGGCUACCGGUGUGAUACAGCUCAACACCGGUGAUCUGCACUCUGUAGCUCAAUCAAGUGUUUCGAGAGCAGUAUCUCAAACACUUGAUGCACUGAGCUCUCAAAAUGUUGUGAGGAGACACAUUAGAUUCCCAACAACCAUUGAGUCAUUAAACAGGAAUAAACAAGGAUUUUUUCAUAUUGCUAGAUUCCCAAAUGUGAUCGGUGUCAUAGAUGGGACUCAUGUACAGAUCCAGGCACCAUCUAUUGAUGAACCCAUGUACGUGAACAGAAUGGGUUACCAUUCCAUCAACACACAGAUUGUGUUUGAUCAUAAUGACAUGAUAAUGGACGUUGUCGCCAGAUGGCCAGGAAGUACCCACGAUAGCAGGAUCCUUAGAGGAAGUGGGCUGUGGCAAGUUUUCGAUAGAAACCUGCUUCCACAGAAUGACCACUUUCUUCUGGGCGAUAGUGGGUAUCCCUGCAAACGCUGGCUGUUGACGCCUUAUGUGAGACCAGCUAAUAACGCUCAGGAAGCGUAUAACAGGUCAGUGUAA